ACAUGUGCGGUGCCAGUAGUUGUGUUCGGAACACUGGACAUCCGCCUGAAUGAAGUGGUGAAUAACUUAAGAAACACAUCAUCCAGUCAUGCUGAGCAGAGCCUGAAUCCUCAACAAAGCUCCCCGCACACAUUAACCCAACGAUUCACUACAACAGCAUCCGUGUGCUUGAGAUGACACACUAACAAGACUGAAGCCCUCUUCACGCUGGACUACAGUACCCGUUACCUGUUCUUUGCAAAUCUGCCAUGUCUGUCAUCUGUCCAGUAAAAAUUCACCUGCAAAUGAUCCACCAUAUAUCGCUAAACACGCGUGAGGACACGUGAUCAUAAUAAUACCUUGCGAAUCGGCCUUUCGGUCUUCUGGUUUGGUUUUCGGAGGCUCAUCUCGCAAACAAUCUCUGGAGCACGAAGUCUUUGUGAAUAUUACAUAAACAUUAAAAGUUACUUAUAUAAUACGAUAAUAUUUAUAAUAUUAGAUACAAUUCCUACAUGGUACAAUAGUUUUAAUGUCAGUAAAUUUGAGUAAAAUACAGAUUUUGCUUCUCAUGGAACACAGACGUGGCGGCCAUGACAGGAGCUCAGAGAGGUUAGCUCGAUGCUAACAUCAGCAUGCUAACAUGAUACGAUGAUGUCAGUGUGUUUUAUGAAUGGUUUUUAAUGGUUAUGUUGAUGUGAAAAGGCUCAUUAAGUUUCACCAGAUUCCAUUAAAUGUCUGAUUCAUUACCUUCAAUCCUAGUUCAUUAAAAGUAUGAAGUGUCUUUUUAUUCAUUUAAAUUCAUCACAGGUAGUUUUUGCUGCAAUGGCAAAAGCCUUUAUACAAUAUGAGCUUUAAGGAUUAAGGUAGUUUCAUAGUUUUAUGUUAUAUUAUAAAGUAAUACUGUUGGAUUGUUUAAGAUGUUCUUCCCCGUUAAGUGGGAGUGGUAUUAAUUAAUGACAGAUUCAUGUAAAUUCAAGGUUAUUUUAAGUUGUGUGUGGUGCAAAGUCAACAUUAGGACUUGAUUCAGUUCAUUUGGGAGGGACACAAGUUCAGGCAAGAUAGGUUUGACUGCAACCUAAAAGUGUCCCGCCUCCUUUGUCCAUCUGAGACUGAACUAAUUACUUUAACCACUUUGGCAUUCACACUCACGCCAGGAAUGUUCGAAGGCAGUUUGGAUGCCGUGUUGUGAACACCUCGGCUUUAUUUCCAGGAGUUAAAGAAACAGCAGAAGCAGCUGGUCGAAGGCUGAGAGCACCAGAGCCGGGCACAGAGGACGAUUCAACAUGUGACGAGCCAUCUCAGUUCACAGAGAGACCGCGGCCUCAAGGAUCGUCCCCCGUCGAGGAGUAUCCUGAAACCGAAAAAUACACCGACAGUGACAAAGAGUGUGAAGCGGAGCAUGACCGACACCACAAAAGUGGGAGUGGAAAGAAAACUAAAAAGUCCGGGCUUGGGUCCAUGUUUGAAAAGCGUUCAACUCCAAAGAUGAGCAAACUGAAGGAAGAUCACAGCCCUGAAUCUGGAGUGAUAGUGAAAACAGCCCCAGAUGGAUGUUCAGAGGGUCUCGUUUAUGGUGGAGGGGGCAGAGAGGGAAUCUUCAUUAAGGAAGUGGUACCAGAGUCACCUGCCUCAAAAAGUCUGAAACUGAAAGAAGGUGAUCAGAUUCUGAGCGCCACCGUGUAUUUUGACAACGUGUCGUACGAGGACGCCGUUCAGAUUCUGGAGCACGCUCAGGCUUACAAGAUGAAGCUCUGCUUGAAACGCAAUCCAGGCGUCACAGAGACGGAAUCAGCCAUCGAAUCUGACGUCAUCCCUGAGGAAGACGUCUACGUUGCAGAAAUGAGGGAGCAAGGAAAAACCAAAAGGCGUAGUGAAGCACGCAUUUCAUGGCCUAAGUUUCCCUCCUUUGGAAAAGGACGCAAGUCUCGCUUUACAAGAUCUCACAGCUCCUCCGAAGCUGAUGAGCAGAGAAAGCUUGAGCUCAGUCCCACUACAAGUGACACAGAGUCACCGAUAAAAUCUCAGGAUACUCUCAAAGGCAAGAAGAAGCAUAAAAUAAAGCUUUCUGGUCUGACAAAGAGAGGCCGCAUAAGUUCAUCUGAAGACCAGGACACAGACGCUCCAACAUCUGCGCAGAUGCUUCCGACUGAGUGCCUUGAAAGUCCCUCAGGGGAAACACCUCAAGUAUACGUGACUGAGGAUCUGAAAGUAGUGGAGGACUUAAGACUGACUGAACCUCAAACUGUUCAACACAAGGUGGAACUCAUCUCUAUAGCUAGCACUUUGAAAACAGAAGAUCUAACCGUGGCUCUGGCAGGUCAAGAAAGUCUCUCUGGUAUCAAGUCCCCUGAUGGGAAGAAGAAGAAGAAGAAGAAAGAACUGUCUCAAUUAAAAAUAAACAUUUUGGGGAAGGAUAAAUCACACAAGAAAGAUGCAAAAGAAAAAUCGUCACCAAAAAGGCUGAAAACAAUGGGGGCAAGUAUUGAAAUAGCAGACCAACCUGAAAAUGAAAAAUCUGAUGUCAUCCCAAGUUUUGAAUCACGCACAAAACUACAAGGAGUUCAACUUGCACUUGAUGACAAUACCCAAAUAAUCGAAAGGAGCGUACCAAAGAUGGAACUUGAAAUAUCUGACGUUGCAUUCAUACAAAAAUCUCCACAGAAAGGUGAAGAGAAAACAAAGAAAGGCAAGGACAUUAAACAGAAACAAGAAGCAAAGAGAGAUCCAACAUUCAAACUGCCUAAAAUAGGCUUUAGUGACAUCGCCAGUGAGGAAACAAUCCCAAAAAUGAAUGUAAAUUUUGAAGAACGCACAACUAAAAUUGAGCAACUUACAACUGAGGGUACAGAAGUGAAAGAAGAUCCUUUUGAGCAACUGUCAAAAAGCAGUCUUUCCAGAACAAAACUUCCCAAACGUGAAGACAUUGAGAUUCCAGGUAUGGAGGACAUGUCUAAGAGGACCACAGUCAAAAUAAUGAAAGAGCCUAAAACUGUUUCUACCAGACAUUAUGAGGACACUCAAGCUGAAACUGUACAAAUGUCAAUUGAUGUUGACAGCGUGAAAGAGGCAGUUUCAAAAUUGCCUGGAUUUAAGCUGCCUAAGGUUGACACAAGUGGCAUGCCUAUUCCUGAAGAAAUUACUGUGAUAGACGCAAAUGCACAAAGAAUAUCGGUGAAAACACCCACUAAAACAAAACACGAAGCACACUUCAGUAAGUUUGACAUAACUGCCUCUCCAGAAAUCUCCAAGACAACAAUUAAACUACCAAAGAUCACACCUGCUGAUUUAGCCUCAGAUGAACUUUUAAUGGUGACCCAGGUAGAUUUAAAAAAAACUGAAAAGGAAUACAAAGCUGAGCCAAAACAAAGCGACAAAGAGGUUUAUAAACGAGAACAUAUCAUAAUACCUGGAAAAGAAAGUGCACAAGAAGCGACCGUUCUUCAGACACAAGGAACACAAGACAACGAGGGCAUCAAAUCUGAUUAUAUAUCUGCAGCAACUUUCAAAACAAAGAGGGCAAAGAUAACAAUGCCUAGCUUUGGGAUUGCAAAACCAGACAUAAAAAUCCCUGACAUUGGAAUUCACUUGCCAAAACAAAAUAUCUCUGAGCAAAAUGUUGACAACAUAAAAGGUGAAAGGACUAUAUUCCUCCAAGAAGUAGAAAUAUCAAAGACUGAAGCAAGAAACAAGAUUGGAGGAGUCACAUCGGAUGUCAAAAUACCUGAAAUUGACGGCAUUGAAUACAUUGAUUCAGCAUAUGGUUCACCAGCCAAAAAGGACGUCGGAUUUAGGCUUACAGGUUUUGGUGUUAAUCUUAAUGCUGACAGCCCAAAGGCCGACAUCUCAUGUACAGAUGUCGGAGGUGAGGCAAAAGUUGUUGAAGCCAAAGAGCAGACAUUCAAACUGGCCAAAUUUGGAGAAGGAACUCUGAACAUCAACGUAAAUGUGCCUGAUGCAAAUGAGGACAUAAACAUUGAUGGGGCCAAGAUAAAAACACUUGACAGGGAGGAAAAGGGUGGCAAGUUCCAUCUUCCGAACCUCGGCAUCUCCAUGCCAAAGGUGAAAGGACCUACAAUUGACAUAAGCCUAUCAAAACAAGAUGUAAAUGUAACACUACCAGAGGCUAAAGCUGAAGUCAAACUCCCAGAAGCCCCUGACAGUGACAUUACUCUUGGAACCAUAGACGUUUCUAAUCGAGAGCAAAAGAUAGAACUUGAAAAACCUGAAUUCAAUGUCAAACAUCUGAGGACUGAAGGGGAACUUGAUGGGCAAGGAGGCAAGUUUAAAAUGCCAGAAUUUGGUGUAAAAAUGCCAAAAGUAAAAGGGCCAGAAUUUGAUUUAAGCUUGUCUAAGAAAGAUGUAGAUGUCACUUUGCCUCAAGCUAAAGCAGAAGUCAAACUUCCUUAUGUUGAACAUACAGAACCUGGUAUUAAAAUUGAGAGCAAAGCUCCAGAGAUUGCAAUUUACAAACAGGAUAUUAAAAGAUCAACAUCAAAAUUUAAGAUGCCGACAUUUAAACUACCAACAGUUGGAGUUGGUACUCCAAACGUGUCUGUGGAAGUACGUGAUAUGGACAAAGAUGUCAAAAUCGAUGGAGCUAACAGGGCUGCAGUUAACAUUGAAGCACCCAGUGUUGACAUUGAGGGUCCUUCAGUAGAUAUGAAAGCAAUAGGAACUGAUCAUGAGGGUAAAGAAAGCAAGUUGAAAAUGCCACAUCUCGGGUUCACUAUGCCUAAAGUCAAAGGGCCUCAAGUUAAUUUAAGUUCAUCAAAGAAAGAUGUAGAUGUNACUCUACCAGAAGCCAAAGCUGAAGUCAAACUCCCUGAUGUUAAACUUAAAGAAUCUUCUGCCCAAGUGGAAAUCAAAGCUCCUGAGAUUGAAGCUCAAACGAGUAAUGUUGAAGGAUCACCAUCAAAACUAAAAAUGCCAACAUUCACAUUACCCAAAUUUGGAGCUGCUACUCCAAAGGUCAGUGUGGAAGUACCUGAUGUGGACAAAGACAUUAAAAUUGAAGGAGCUACAGUGGAUAUCACUGCACCCAGAAUUGACACUGAAGGCCUAUCUGUAGAUAUGAAAUCUAAAGAAAGUGAACUUCAAGUGUCAGGAAGCAAGUUUAAAAUGCCGAAGUUUGGAAUCUCAAUGCCAAAAGUAAAAGGACCUGAAAUUGACUUAAGUUUAUCAAAGAAAGAUAUAGAUGUCACAUUACCAGAAGCGAAAGCUGAGGUCAAACUGCCCAGUGUUGAAGUCAAAGAACAUGAAGCCGUCAUUUCAGCACCAGAUGCACCAACAGUUGAGGUUGAAACCAAGAUGAAAAGACCAAAUUGGACAUUUCCAAAAUUUUCCUUUUCAAGGACAGGUGGUAAAGCCCCUGAUGUAGAUGUCAAGCUUGAAACACCCAAAGUUGAUGUCGCAUUACCAGAAGCCAAAGCAGAAGUUGAACUUCCAGAUGUCAAAAUAAAACAACCGUCUGCUACAGUGGAAAUCAAAGCUCCUGACAUUGAAGCUCAAACGAGUAAUGUUGAAGGAUCACCAUCAAAACUAAAAAUGCCAACAUUCACAUUACCCAAAUUUGGAGCUGCUACUCCAAAGGUCAGCGUGGAAGGACCUGAUGUGGACAAAGACAUUAAAAUUAAAGGAGCUACAGUGGAUGUCACUGCAGCCAGCAUUGAAACUGAAGGCCUAUCUGUAGAUAUGAAAGCUAAAGAAAGUGACCUGGAAUUGUCAGGAAGCAAGUUUAAAAUGCCGAAGUUUGGCAUCUCAAUGCCAAAAGUAAAAGGACCUGAAAUUGAUUUGAGCUUAUCAAAGAAAGAUGUAGAUGUCACAUUACCAGAAGCCAAAGCAGAAGUUGAACUUCCAGAUGUCAAAAUAAAACAACCGUCUGCUACAGUGGAUAUCAAAGCUCUUGAGAUUGAAGCUAAAACUGGUAAUGUUGAAAGAUCACCAUCAAAACUAAAAAUGCCAACAUUCACAUUACCCAAAUUUGGAGCUGCUACUCCUAAGGUCAGUGUGGAAGUACCUGAUGUGGACAAAGACAUUCAAAUUGAAGGAGCUACAGUGGAUGUCACUGCACCCAGCAUUGACACUGAAGACCUAUCUGUAGAUAUGAAAUCUAAAGAAAGUGAAAUUCAAGUGUCAGGAAGCAAAUUUAAAAUGCCGAAGUUUGGAAUCUCAAUGUCAAAAGUAAAAGGACCUGAAAUUGAUUUGAGCUUAUCAAAGAAAGAUGGAGAUGUCACAUUACCAGAAGCCAAAGCUGAGGUCAAACUGCCCAGUGUUGAAGUCAAAGAACAUGAAGCCGUCAUUUCAGCACCAGAUGCACCAACAGUUGAGGUUGAAACCGAGAUGAAAAGACCAAAUUGGACAUUUCCAAAAUUGUCCUUUUCAAGCACAGGUGGUAAAGCCCCUGAUGUAGAUGACAAGCUUGAAACACCCAACGUUAAUGUUACACCAACAGAGGCCAAAGCAGAAGUCCAAGGACCUUCAGGGGUGAUUUUAAUAGAAGAGCCACCUGCUGCAAAGCCUGAUGCAAACUUGAAAAAAACUAAAUUUUCACUACCCAGAUUUUCUUUUUCAAAGUCAAGUGUUAAAGAACCUGAAGUCAGUGCUGAGCUUCCAUGUGUUGAUGUUUCUCUUUCAGAGGGACAAGUGAUAGUAAAGCAAUCUGAAAUGCAAAUCAAAGCUCCCGAGCUUGAAGCUGAACUUGAUGGGCAAGGAAGCAAGUUCAAAUUUCCAAAGUUCGGCAUUGCACUGCCAAAAGCAAAAGGACCUGGAGAAGAUUUAAAUGCAUCACAGGAAGAUGCAGUUAUCACGUUGCCGGAAGUUAAAGCAGAGGUCAAACUCCCUCAAAUUGAAGUCAAAGAACCUUCAGCUAGUGUGGAAAUCAAAGCCUCUGAGACUGAAGCCAAGUCAAAAGAUGCUGGAGGAUCACCGUUGAAAUUUAAAAUGCCAACAUUGAAGAUGUCGAAAUUUGGAGCGGCUACUUACGAUAUCACCGUAGAAGCACCUGAUGCAGACACUGAUGGAGCUAAACUUAAGGAGGAUGUUACUGUCAACAUCAAAGGUCCCAGUGUUGAUAUUAAAUCAGAUGUAUCCCAAGCAGCAAUAACAGAUUCUGAAACACCAAAGACUGAUACUGACGCUGUGGGUCUUGGCUCUCCAAGUAAAUUCCAACUACCAUCAUUUAAAAUGCCAAAGCUGAGUUUCUCAAGAUCCAACCCUGAAGAUGAACAUGUCCCCGUUGACACUGAAAGCAAAGCAGAUAAACAGGAAAUGAAAGUUGAGCCAAAAGAAGAGAGUAAAUCCCCCAAAGUGACUUUUACAUCAUUUGGUGAGAUCCUGAAGAAUAUUGAUGUUGAAUUUGAUGUUCCAAAAACAUCAGAAAAUCUUGAAACCUCAAAGGAAGUUGAUGAAACAGAUGAACCCAGUGGAGAGCAGUUACAGGCAAGGGAAAAGGAAACAAAGCAAGAUGCUACCAAAAGUCCAGAGAGAACAGGCUGGUUUAAAUUCCCCAAGUUUGGCCUGUCCUCCCCAUCGGAACCUGCCAAGAUCCCUGAAAGAGACGAGCGUAAGGAUGAAAAGAGCCCAGCAGGGGAAACAGUGGAUGAGGAAAUAAGCCCCACCUGUUCCGUGCAGUCAUCAGACGCCUUUGCUGAUAUUAGCUCCGCGAUGACAAGUGAGUAUGGUGGCUUUUCCUUAUCUUCUCCAACCAGGGUUACUGUCAAAUACUCUGAUCCUACCGCUGCUGCAGGGCUCGGAGAGCUGCACAGUAACAUUAUUACUUCCACCACGAAGACUGAGCUGAUCUCGGUUGAGCCCAACUUGCCUGAGAAAAUCACAAUUCUGUCAUCCGGAGUUUCAUCUUCGUCGGAGGACACGCUCAGACUGGAAUCAGGGAAAAUACACGUCAUUACAUCAAAUAUUCAAGCGACCCCAGAAGCACAGCAUGCCAAGCUACUAACUGCUGUCCAAAUCCAAUCGGCUGGAGGCUUUCCCCAAGGAUCAGAGGCUAACGAAGCUGCAUCGUGGACUAUCGAGGAUUCACAAAGCGGCAAGACAACGGUCUUCGAGAAGCAUUUCGUGAGGGAAACAUCAAGUGAAAGAAGUGAAAGCAAAGAAACAAUUGUUAUUAGGAAACAAAUCACACGUAGGUUUGACUCGUCUGAGCCCAUCUCAGGUGAGACAGCUUCAUCCAUUCAGCGACUGAGAGAUUCUAUGCACUCUGACAAAAUGAGGUUCUUUGAUGGAGCCGACGAGUGAAAUAAAUGUAUGCAAAUGAUAUCUAAAGAUACAAUCCCUCAUUAUGCAGCCUUAGCAGCCUAACAGUCAAUGUGACAGAGAGAUGAGAUUAAAAAACAAAAAGAUUGUUUCAGAGUUUAACUUACCAAUCACAGGAAAGAAUCAGCCAGGUGUUAACUUUAAGCUCUGGCUGCAUGUUGUUGACCUAUAAAGAGAUGGAUUCAUGUAAUUCACUGAUAAGUUGUUAAUAAGCUUGUAACUGAGUGCCCUUACUGCAAAUUAUGACAGGACUUCACCAAAUAUCCUUGCUUAUUAUGGCACAGAACUAGAGUAAGCCAUGUCUUUUGUUUAUCAAAACUUAUCAUAUAUUUGUUGUUUCAUAGUUUUUAAUGUACACUGAUCCAAUGUACUUGUGCUCUUAUUCAUCUGAUGAUAAUCACCAGCGCAUUUGAUUUAAUGUGACUGUUGCAAAAAUUGUUAAAUGUUACUGACAUUCCAAAAUAUGUUUACCAUAAUUUCACCGUAAAGUCGACAGUAGAGAAAAGCUAGAAUAGAAUAGGGCCGUAUAUGACAGAUAAAUGAAUAUGUACAUGUAUCACUGAGAUGUAUUCUUGUGGCUGUAGCUCAAAUGUAAAGAAACAAUAACAACGUUGAAACGAAAGCGCUUAUGAUCAGACACAGCAAGUGUACUGCUGCAACUAUAUUUUGUAUUAAUAUUUCGCUUAGAACCUAAUUUGCUACAAGAAAAAUGAUAUCAACGGUAUGUUGUCUUAUAAUAUAUCGCUGUACAAAGUGGGAGAAUUAAACUGGCUGUGUAAAUAGCUUUUAAUGAUCUCUGGAGCUUCAUUUGAUUACUGCUCCUCUGACGCAUUGUGUUUGCAAAGUUAUGCAAAAUAAAUAAAUACUGUGUGAACCUGUG